AUGAUAGAGAAGCCUGAUACUUUAAAGCGAAGAUGGAAUAGGUAUCAAGCUAAACAAGCUCGAUUGAAAGAGGGGAAAGCGCUACAAGUAGGGAGGCUUAUGGUUCUAUCAGCAGCACAGCACAAAGCUGUUUUAAUCUACGCCGCAAAUCAAGCAACUAAAGGAGGGAAAGGAGCUAUUAAGCAUGAGAAAGGCGCGCGGAUUUGUAUGCCGGCCGAAAAAGAAGUUAUCGUACCUAUCGGAAUCAAAGAGAUGUAUACAGGAAUCUGUGAAAAUCGACUAUCCGUAACUGUGAUCGAAGCUAUUCUUGCCGAUAGAAAAGCUAUUCCUCUAAUGAUUAUUGUGCUCGGAAAGCAAAUUAUAGCAUCUUGGUUUUCCGAAAAGAUGACUAGACAUGAAGUUGUCACUGUUUCCGAAUCCGGUUAUACGAACGAUAGGAUUACUAUAGAGUGGCUUAAGCACUUUAUUAAGCAUACCGAUCAAGGACCCGAUAAACCAAUAGCUCUUUCUUCUCUUAGCCGCCAACGCUUCGAUAUCGCGAAACAAAGUACCGAGACUUGGUUGUUACGAGGAAGCCUUGAUCAAGCAGAACUCGAUAAAAAUCAAAAGCUUCAGCGCGAUACACAUCGGAAAAAGCUGAUUGGAAGGUCGAGUUUGCAAACGGGAGGGAAUAUACUAGCUUCUAAAGCACUCGAAAAAGUCAAGGCUAUAAAGAUAAAAAAGCAAGAAGCUAGUUUUAAGAUAGCGAACGCUAAACUCAAGUCAGCAACGAUUAAAAUUCGAAACGAUCGUUAUAAUCAAGGAGUUCUUGAUCGGAAAGCCGAAAAAGAGCGAAAGAAAUGGUUGAACGAAGCGUAUAAGCAACAAGGUCGAGGGAUUCCUAUACACAUUCCACCCGAACGAGAAGUCCUUAUUCGAGACCGCGAAAAGCAACCUACAGUAGAAGAACUAGAAGCUGAUAAUAUUGAUUUGAUUUCUUUUCGAGACGCAGUUGCAAACGAAGAAGCUGCGUUAAAAGAAGUUUAA